AAUAAAGAAAGAUGGGCGAAGAAGAGCCUUCAGGAGAUGGAAGAAAAACAGGGGAAGAAGUUGAUGCUGGUGCCCUCUUCGUCCUUAAAUCUAAAGGCACAUGGUGGCACUGCGGUUUCCACUUGACGACAUCGAUAGUAGCACCACCGCUACUGAGUCUACCAUAUGCUUUCAAGUUCUUGGGAUGGGCUGCCGGAAUAUCUUGUUUGGUGGGAGGAGCAGCCGUCACGUUUUACUCAUACACGCUCCUCUCACUAACUCUGCAGCACCAUGCUUCACAAGGUCACCGCUACCUCCGGUUCCGAGACAUGGCACACCACAUUCUUGGGCCGAGAUGGGGAAGGUACUACGUGGGACCAAUACAAAUGGCGGUUUGCUAUGGUGUGGUUAUCGCCAAUGCCCUCUUGGGAGGUCAAUGCCUUAAGGCAAUGUAUCUAGUCAUGGAGCCAAACGGUGAAAUGAAACUCUUUGAGUUUGUGAUACUUUUCGGAGGCUUACUCUUGGUCUUGGCACAAAUCCCAUCUUUUCAUUCUCUACGACACAUCAACUUCUUCUCCCUCGUCCUAUGCCUUCUCUACAGUGCUGCAGCCUCUGCUGCAUCCAUCAUCAUUGGAAAUAAAUCAAAUGGACCAGAGAAGGAUUAUGCAAUAAUUGGUGACAAUGAAACCAAAGUGUUUGGGAUCUUUAAUGCUAUGGCUAUCAUUGCCACUACGUACGGCAAUGGCAUUAUACCCGAAAUUCAGGCAACAUUGGCUGCACCAGUAAAAGGAAAAAUGUUCAAAGGAUUGUGCAUGUGUUACACAGUAGUGAUAGUGACAUUCUUUGUGGUAGCCAUCUCAGGAUACUGGGCGUUUGGUAACAAGGCCAAUGGACUCAUCUUUACCAACUUCUUAGAUCCUGAGACAAGCCAUUACUUAGUUCCUAGCUGGUUUAUUUUUCUCAUCAAUCUCUUCACCGUCCUGCAACUCUCGGCCGUUGCUGUGGUGUAUCUACAACCUAUAAAUGAUAUUUUGGAAAGUGCACUCAGCGACCCAACAAAGAAAGAAUUCUCUACCCGCAAUGUCAUCCCUCGACUAGCCGCCCGUUCCCUCUUCGUCGUGGUGGCUACAAUCUUUGCAGCAAUGCUUCCAUUUUUUGGAGAUAUAAACUCGUUGCUAGGUGCUUUUGGUUUCAUGCCUCUAGAUUUUGUUCUACCCGUUGUGUUCUUCAACUUCACGUUCAAGCCAUCUAAGAAAAGUUUUAUAUUUUGGAUCAACACUGUGAUAGCCGUAGUGUUUUCUUGCUUAGGAGUGAUUGCUAUGGUCGCUGCGGUUAGGCAGAUUGUGCUCGAUGCCAAAACGUAUAAGUUGUUUGCGGAUGUAUAAAACAUGCAUAGCAAAGUGAUGAGAUUUGUUAAAAGUAUAAAUCUUAUUUGUUUAUAUUAUAUUUUAAGAUUAAUAAAAUUAAAAAGGAAUAUUAAG